UUGCUCUUGUUCCUCGAAAUUUUCUCGAUCAUCAGCAUUUUUCAUUUGAUCGCCGCCGCAAUUGGACAAAAAAUAUGUCUUUCAAUGAUUUUGUUACUUGUCCUCUAAAUAAAAGCCAUCGACUCCUGCGUGGACGCCUGGACACACAUCUAGUACGUUGUUGCCGAGCGCUUGACACUCAACAAAAGAAAAAGAUUGUUAUAUGUCCAUUUAAUGAAACACAUAGCGUGUCUGCUGCGAAAUUACUGGAUCAUAUCAAGAACAAGUGUACAAGCAAUGUUUCUAAUUUCGUGAAUGACAUGAAAGAGUUGGAAGAACCAAAGCCAUCCUUAAAAGGAGUGGAUAAUGUACCUCCAAAAACAGCUGAAUGCGAGGAUGACUGGGAUCUGGAGCCCGAUGUAGGAACCUAUAAACCGUUACACAAUUGUGAUGACAAAUUGGUUGUUCGUUCCAUGAAGGGACAAUCGCGUGCUGUACGCCAAGACUUCAUUUAUAACGAGCGUUGUCGAUUUGCCGAAUUGAAGGACAAAUAGACGAGGGAAAUAUAUGUAUCGCUCAGCUGAGCGUUCAUUCGAGCUAGAAAUGAUGUAUAAUGAAUUCGUUAUGGUUAUUUUAAUUGCCCGCGAGCGCAAAAGUAUAGGCCAUCUCGCUCUUUUUCACAAUCUUUUUGUACUAAAGUAAAAAGACAUUUUGAUAAAUUUUAA